UCCAUGUGCGUUUCGACCAACAGUCGAACCAUAGAGCGCCGCGGAGGACGGGCUGCACGCGCCGCCCGUAAAUACAUACUCUAGUCUAGUGCGUCGUGGCCGAGAAUCUUGCUCAGGCAUCCUUUUAAAACGCUCGAGCAGCAGCGUGGCCGAAGAUGGUCGGUAGAGUGACGGAGGAUGGACCCCUCAUUCGACCUGUCGAGUCUGUCUCGACGGCGACGCUGGUGACGCUGUGCAUCGGCGCCGCUUUUCUACUGUGCGCCGUCGCGAUGACCUGGUGGCUCUGCCGACGACGUCGCGAGCACACCAAGCUGAGCUCCGACAAGUCUCUCGCGUUCAGGCCGCCGCACCGGAAGCCGACGGCGGUUAAGAGUCCCGGCAGCACGAGCCACUACCUGAAGAAGAGCCCGUCGCCGACGGGACCGGCCAAGAGUCCACCCGGUUCCGGCGGACAAACGCCGAGCCCGACCGGGUCCCAAUCGUCGAAUCCCGCGUCUCAGCCGAGAACACCGCAGAGCGCAGGUACCCCGGUUGAAACGCCGCCCGUCGAAGUCGCUGUAAGUAUAGAGAACGAGCGUGACAAGGCCGAACUGGAGAACAACGAGAAGGUCGAGCGCGAGAAGAGUCAAACGGCCGAGAACGACAAGGACAAUUUGGGCCAGCUGGUCUUCAAGUUGCGAUACCGGAGCGAACAGAAUGCGCUUGCUGUCACCGUGGUCAAGUGCAAGGGACUCCCCGCGAGAGGCCAACAGAACGCGACCAGCGAUCCUUACGUGAAGCUGCAAUUAUUGCCCGACAAACAACAUCACGUGAAGACUAGAGUUCUCAGGAACACCAGGGAUCCAGUGUACGACGAGGAUUUCACAUUUUUCGGCAUAUCGCAGAGUCAACUUCAGAAAAUUAGCUUACACUUCAUCGUGCUGAGUUUCGACAGAUACUCGCGCGACGACAUCAUCGGAGAACUGACGUGUGCUUUAUCGUCGGUGCCCGGCUUGGAAGACGCGGAUAAUCAAGAGAUAUCUCUCUGUCGAAAAAUAUGCCCCAGAAAUCUCAAGAUACAGUCGCAAGGACGAGGUGAGCUGCUGGUCUCCCUUUGCUGGCAACCGGUCACCAGCCGAUUGACGGUGGUGGUGUUAAAAGCGCGUAAUCUACCGAAAAUGGACGUGACCGGACUCGCUGAUCCGUACGUCAAGAUCUACCUGCUGUACAAUCAGCAACGCAUCGCCAAGAAAAAGACGCACGUGAAGAAGCGCACGUUAAGCCCGGUGUUUAACGAAUCUUUCGUCUUUGAUAUACCGAACGGCGCGGACGGACUUAACAAUGUCAGCCUCGAGUUCAUGCUACUGGAUUGGGACCGAGUCACGAAGAACGAGGUGAUCGGCCGGCUAGAGUUCGGCGGACCAAAGUGUCAGGGCUCCGCCGUCAACCAUUGGAAGGAGGUGUGCAGCUCACCGCGACGACAGAUAGCCGACUGGCAUAAAUUGCGAGAGUAAACCGGCCUCCUCAGUAUCAGUCCGAGUUCUCUCGUCUCCGAUUUCUCUAGAAUCCCAUAUCCCCCUCCGCUGUGAAACUAUCAACCCGAUCCCUGAAACCCUACGACGAGGUAGGGUGUCUGUUUUGUAAACCUAAUACUCGAUGUAUAUUAGGCUUGAAACGAGUAGCUCGUCCAUCCAUGGUCGCCGCCGGUACGGAGGAUCGGCUAAAUGAUCGAUGCAAAUUCUUUACUUCGAACUUUGACCGCCAAAAAACGGUAAAUUAUUCAUUUGUCGGGACUCGGGUCCGUGACGUAUUCUUUCGUUUUCUGGGUGUGAACGCGGACAGGAUUGCUCGUUGAUCAGGUGAUCGGUGCAACGAUAUCGUUGCUUCAGGACGUAACGGCACGCGAUCACGGGAUGGAUAUAGCUUGCAGGAUGUGCUUUAUGACAUAAACAUAGAUAUUAAGAUUUCCGACCAGUUGGAUAACGAUACCGUGAAAGAAGAGUAUCGGUGCGCGCACACCGACCGAUUGACCUUUCGAUCGUUAGAGAAGUCGCAUCAUGUAGAUGAAAUGGAUUUGCUUGGCUACUGCAUUACGAUCUUAAAUGCAAGUGUGCAUCGGUGCAUCGUCGCAGAAAGGGAGAUGCACCUUUAACCGAUAUUUAACCGAUAUUCUUCGAACUUUGACCGCCAAAAAACGGUAAAUUAUUCAUUUGUCGGGACUCGUGUCCGUGACGUAUUCUUUCGUUUUCUGGGUGUGAACGCGGACAGGAUUGCUCGUUGAUCAGGUGAUCGGUGCAACGAUAUCGUUGCUUCAGGACGUAACGGCACGCGAUCACGGGAUGGAUAUAGCUUGCAGGAUGUGCUUUAUGACAUAAACAUAGAUAUUAAGAUUUCCGACCAGUUGGAUAACGAUACCGUGAAAGAAGAGUAUCGGUGCGCGCACACCGACCGAUUGACCUUUCGAUCGUUAGAGAUGUCGCAUCAUGUAGAUGAAAUGGAUUUGCUUGGCUACUGCAUUACGAUCUUAAAUGCAAGUGUGCAUCGGUGCAUCGUCGCAGAAAGGGAGAUGCACCUUUAACCGAUAUUUAACCGAUAUUCUUCGAACUUUGACCGCCAAAAAACGGUAAAUUAUUCAUUUGUCGGGACUCGUGUCCGUGACGUAUUCUUUCGUUUUCUGGGUGUGAACGCGGACAGGAUUGCUCGUUGAUCAGGUGAUCGGUGCAACGAUAUCGUUGCUUCAGGACGUAACGGCACGCGAUCACGGGAUGGAUAUAGCUUGCAGGAUGUGCUUUAUGACAUAAACAUAGAUAAUAAGAUUUCCGACCAGUUGGAUAACGAUACCGUGAAAGAAGAGUAUCGGUGCGCGCACACCGACCGAUUGACCUUUCGAUCGUUAGAGAUGUCGCAUCAUGUAGAUGAAAUGGAUUUGCUUGGCUACUGCAUUACGAUCUUAAAUGCAAGUGUGCAUCGGUGCAUCGUCGCAGAAAGGGAGAUGCACCUUUAACCGAUAUUUAACCGAUAUUCUUCGAACUUUGACCGCCAAAAAACGGUAAAUUAUUCAUUUAUCGGGACUCGGGUCCGUGACGUAUUCUUUCGUUUUCUGGGUGUGAACGCGGACAGGAUUGCUCGUUGAUCAGGUGAUCGGUGCAACGAUAUCGUUGCUUCAGGACGUAACGGCACGCGAUCACGGGAUGGAUAUAGCUUGCAGGAUGUGCUUUAUGACAUAACAUAGAUAUUAAGAUUUCCGACCAGUUGGAUAACGAUACCGUGAAAGAAGAGUAUCGGUGCGCGCACACCGACCGAUUGACCUUUCGAUCGUUAGAGAUGUCGCAUCAUGUAGAUGAAAUGGAUUUGCUUGGCUACUGCAUUACGAUCUUAAAUGCAAGUGUGCAUCGGUGCAUCGUCGCAGAAAGGGAGAUGCACCUUUAACCGAUAUUUAACCGAUAUUAAUCGAAUUCCUUGUUAAUUUGCUUUAAUCCAUUUUAUUUAUGUGAUGCGCAUCGUUUACUCGCGAUCGAAAGGCCGCGCAUAUCGCGCGUGUUAGAGGCGAGUAUGAAAGAUACGUGCUUCGUGCGACCGUAAAUUCUCGGCUCUUGAGGAAUGACUUGAGAAGAAGCCUCCCUCUUUUGCACGACUCGCAUGAUUAAUAACAAGAGAAAAAAAGAAAACUCUUUAUUGAUGAUAUAUCUCCAAAGUAAUUAGCAAAAGGGAUUUAUAUUUUUAUUUCGUAAUGAGAAUCUCAAAAGUCAUUGUCCUUCUCCUCGAGUUGGAGUAACAUUGCGAGAUCCUGUACUUGCCACCGUUUACUUGUGCUUAAUUAAUAGUAGUUACGUCACUAGGUUUGUAGCACGAUGUUAAAUCCGUCUGGAGUUAACGCGUCAUCUCAGAUCGUGCGGCAAGAUCGACGAAAGUUUAAGAGUCGCUGUACUUUGCUGAAUUCAUCCAACGCACGCGUCUCCGAUCUGAUUAUGAUAUCGUGCGUAAUAUACAGGGUGUCCCGAAUUUAAAUGUCCAAACUUCGGGAGCGUGUAGGGGAUGAUAAAUGAAAAAUAAAAAGUCCUUUAGAGAUAUGCUCGUUUUUACUUCGUUUUGGAAAAAUCGCAAAAAAGAAAACGUAGAUUUCAUGCAGCAAUGACUCGUCGUUCCGGAAUUCUUCUGUUUGAAAAUCGGCGCCGCGCAUACUCUCGCACUUCCUUUGUUUGUUUACAUUUCUUUUUUUGUUUACAUUUCUGCUUCUCUCCUAUAAAUUCGUCAGUUACUCAUCAGAAGCCAUCGAGUGAAUUACUCCUGUCACAAUGCCGCAUACAUAUUCUAACGUUGAAUAUGCUGAUAUGGUUUUCGUGUAUGGUUUCUGUGACGGUAAUGCUAGGGAUAUCUACAUUUACAUUAAGCAAGUGACAACAUGAAUAAAUAAGUGUGAAGUCUACGUUUUCUCUUUUGCGAUUUUUCCAAAACGAAGUAAAAACGAGCAUAUCUCUAAAGGACUUUUUAUUUUUGAUUUAUCAUCCCCUACACGCUCCCGAAGUUUGGACAUUUAAAUUCGGGACACCCUGUAUACUCUCAAUGUUGUAAAACUGAGAGAGGCACUCCGAGUUUUUUGACUUGUUUCGUCGAUAAUAAUCCUCUUUCUAUUCUCGUUACGUCGUGUACAAUGCACGGAGUAAGGCUCGGAGAAAAAUCGCAAACUCGAACGAGUCUGAAAGUGCAAUGCAUCGAUGCGUGAUAAUGUAUCAAGUUUGAAUUCUAUUCUUACAAAUAAAGGAGCAACAAGCGAGAACUGUUACUUUUAAGAGUAGCUGGACUACGGAUAGUCUUGGCCCGCAUCGCGAUUGUACAUAUGUAAUUGAUGAAAAGUGACGACUUAAUUGAUUGUUGCAUAGUCAGCAUAAGACAAGGAAGGAGGCUCGACAUAACGCUGUAUGUAUACAUAUACGGUUUGUCAAAAAGACGAUCAGAUCGAUCACUUUCGCAAACGCUAAAGAUCAGUCUGAUUAUUUUUAUGAUCGACUUUGUAUACGUGAAAAGUGAGAAGCAAAAUGCUCCGCGCGGUACUGUACAAACUCUUCCGGUUUAUACAGUAGUAAUCAUUUGGUGAGACUAUAUUGCAAACUGCAAUAUUGCAAUCACCUUUAUUUAUAUCUUAUUUUACCUUUAUUAUCCUUUCUUUGCAAUUUGCCUUGUUAGUCUGGAUUGUACUAAUUGUCCUUUGUUGGCGCUAUUGUCGAUGAGAUCGAUAACGUGCAAAUCGACACUGGCAAAUCACGAAACAACGUGACUUUCAUUUCGAAAGUAAAAGUCAAUAUUCAGCAACGCAUAAUUAACGAAUGCUUAUUUUUUUAUUACACUUCAUCAUAUCACAAUAUGAAUCUUGCGCAACCUGAAAGAGAAAUGUUUGGCUUGAUCGAUCGUAAAUGCAAGCACGAUCAUCAAUUUUGUAUGUUUAUUAGGCGCUCAGCAAGUCUUUGGUUUUACGCAUUCGAAAACUUUGAAUGAGAUCAAAUUGGAUAGGAAGGACAUUGUUCUCUUCGUAAUUUGAAGAGAAGUUUUAUACUGCGUGCACACUCCAUUAUCCUCUUUUAUAGCUGGAAAGGAUGAGACGCGAUGCGCGCAAGGAGAAGAAACAUGAUUAAUCGCUGAUUGCGAUAUGAUGCAAGUAUAACAGUAAUCACCGUGAUCGAAAGUAUGACAGAAAAGUCGCAAUAUAUCAUACGAAGACUCAAGAAAUACACCGAAUAAUAAGUUUUAAGUACGUUUUAAGAUAGCGAACACGACAUGUUGUCGACUCACUAAGAAACGAACGGCAUUACACGAUCGAACAUUACAGGAUAUUUAUUUCAUUGCUAUACAAUUAUAAACACAAUUAUAUAAAUCACAGAUUCACACACACACACACACACACAAAACGAGUAUAAUAAGUAGUACAUAUAGUGAAACACAACGUACAUCCGUCUGUCGCUCUCCUGUGAACCGUGAAGGCUACGAUCUCUCGUGCGAAAUCGAUUUUGUGAGCACGAGAAAAUAUUGAUGCGUUAUUGGUCUUCUCGAUAAUUAUUUGAUUUAAAACUGAUGAAGAAGAGUGCUCGAGAUCGACAGACACGCUGUAAGAUAAUGGGCGACGAUACGAAAUGCUCGAAAAUCAUCGUUCUUGUUAAUUCGGUACUUAAUUCCUUUGAUUGUUUUAAUUGUUUUGCUUCUUUGCCGCUUUUACAUGAUAAAUAAAUAAUUGUACGUUGUAAUAAAGACAUUCCAAUUGUUUAAAUAUUGUAGUUACGUAUAAAACAAAAUUACAAAAAAUAUCGCAUAGACAAACUUUAUUAUUUAGCUUUAUCUAGCUCUAGAAUAAAUCAGUUUGUCAGUAGCUGCACUAUAGCUAUAGUUGAGAAGAGAUUAAUCCCAACAAGAAAAAAAGGAAAGACACAAUUUUCUAUAUAAAUCAGUAUGUGGAUAUUAGAAAUUAUUGCUUGUAUUGUGAGAUACACACACACACACAUGAUGUAUGUACAUAUGUAUAAUGUUUGCCAAAAUUCUCCUUUUAUGUUACAUCGAAUUGAUAAAGUACUGAUGCUUUUUAAGCAUUCAUAAACAUUAUAGACUAAAGGAUGCGGCGUGUGAGAAAAUACUGUGCGUAAGCAGAUAUUAAGGCUGUGUGGUCAAUAAAGCGC